CCUGUCCUCCUCUACGCCCCCAUGCAGUUCUGUUGACUACGCGACUCUGGCCGAACAUGGGUAUUCUCUUGGCACGCUAAGAAAGGAGCACAAUGAGUGAACGCGCGACGGAGGGCUCGGAAAUGGAGCCGGGUCGGGCCAGCGAGCCAGUUGUGGAUGUUGCGACGCAGACGGAGGACAGAGGCGCAACAGAGCAACAGGAGAGAAGUCUUGCAAGAGCUCAGAGCUUUGAGCGCGAUACCCAACUUUCGAAGUCAAGGCCUUAUCGAGAGACCCGGGUGUUGCGAAACCAUGAUACGGCCGUGGAAGCACAGCAUCGAAGUGACGGCGGGGGUGCCCCGGCAGUGAGACUUGACAUGGAUUUGGAUGUUGAUGUCAAGAUGCAAGCGAGGAUAAAUGGGCGGCUCGAGUUAUCCAUCCUGCAAGUCUUUGGCCCCAGGUAGGGUCCCUUCAAAGGGACGACCGGAACCUGACGCUAUCAGGGACUCGGAGCAAGCAAGUCGGCAGCGGUUAGAAAGGCAGCAGUGAGCGGCUUGGCCAUUAAAAUGACUGAAUUUUCUGACUUGAUGUAAUGGUGACAAGAAGCCUUGCCAACUGCUUCUGAAUCCUAGGUGGAGUUAAGGGGGAUGAAAGCAACACAUUUGACCCGCCUGGCUGGAGGAUGGAAAUGCCGCAACAGUGGCGCUGUUGAUACGGCCGCGCAUGUGUGGCUCGGCUCCCUGGAUGGCUAUUAUGGAUAGACCCGGUGGUGGUGGGUGGUGGUGCUGCCUUGGUCACCUGGUCACGCGAUGCAUCUGACUGACCCGAGCGCCGUCAUCACACCUCACGACCACGAGUCGCGCGCAUCGCGUGGAGCAGGAAGCAUAAAGCGCAGGCAAUAAGAUCACCGUACCGCGCCGAGAGGCACUAC